AUGGAGAAUGAUUCUAUAAAUGAAUCACUGAAGCACUUUUUAGACGCAAUUGCAGAGAGCAAAGACAAAUUGAACAAAUUUGUUACCCAACAGACUGAUUUAAUGAAAAAGAAAAGGCAGAUGAUUAAUAAUUUGAAAACUGAUAUGACCAGAAAUGAAAGAAACUUAAAAGAUGAGCAAAGACUUGUUAUGGAAAAUAUUAAGAGAAUCAAAAAUCAGAACGAAAACAUUAGCGUUCAGAACAAAAAGCAACAAAUCGAAAUCAAAAAGCUGAAUAAUGAUAUACAAACAAUACCAAAGAAUUUCGAAGAUUACCAAGUGAAAAUUAGACUUCUCGAAACAACAGCAAAUCAUAUUAAAGGCGAGAAAGAAAAAGCUGACGAAUUUUACUCUUCAUAUCAAACAGACCUCUCUUUAUAUGAAGCUCUUUACGGAAUUAAGAUAUCAAUAUCUAAUGGGAAAACUAAAUUUGUUUUUCUUCCUCAGUCAUAUGAGGUAGAAUUAGAUUGCAUUCAGAAUAAUUUUGUAUUAUCAAAUUCAACGCUCCCCAGUUCAAUUGCAACAACAAUUUUAGUAGAUGAAUUCAACAAUUCACGAGAUUUAUUUAGUUUUCUAAACUCAAUACGUCAACAAAUUUAA